AUGGGGGCCCAAGGCCUGCGCCCGGCGCGGGGCCCAGAGGCGGUGCUGGGGGGGCCGCGGGGCGCCCCAGGCAGGGCCGGGCCGGGCCGAGCCGAGCGCCGGGGCCUUCCCCGCCCGUUCCCCCCGCUCCGCCCGCGGGUCCCGCGCAGGCGCGGCGCGGGGCGCGGGAUGGCGGCGGCGGCGGGCGCCGUGGCCGCAGCGGUGCCGGGGCCGGUGGCGGGGCCCGGGGCGGACGCGGCGGGGCCGGGGGAGGAGGCGGCGGGGCCGGGGUGCCCGGGCCCGGCCCGCGGGGCGCGGCUGCCGCUGGCGCGGGUGAAGGCGCUGGUGAAGGCGGACCCGGACGUGAGCCUGGCGAGCCACGAGGCCGUGUUCGUGCUGGCGCGGGCCACGGAGCUGUUUGUUGAGACCAUCGCCAAAGAUGCUUACGUGUACGCUCAGCAAGGAAAAAGGAAAACUCUGCAGAGAAAAGACCUGGAUAACGCCAUUGAAGCUAUUGAUGAAUUUGCUUUUUUGGAAGGUACUUUGGAUUGAGCUGGACAGCGAUGGAGCAGUAGAGAGAUGGACACAGGGUGCCAAACAGGAUGUUGAGAGUUCAAACAUGGUUCUUAGAACUGAGAACCUGAAAUGGCAGCCAUCGUAUUUUGUAUGAAGUUUGUCAUUGUAAGCUCUUUAUUUAAAAUGCAUCAUUUUCUUAAUUCCUUUUUCCAUAACUUUCUGAGUCAUUUCCUGGUGUCCUCCUGCCUGCGUGGGGGCUGCUCAGAGCUCUCACCAGGUCCCUGCAGCACCUGAGAGCUGUGAGUGGAGGGUGGCUAAGCUCCAGCAUGGGCAAUGGUUUGCAAUGGAACUGUGUUUAAUUUGUACAUGUCUGUUUCUUGGCCAAACACGAUUCAUUUCUUUUUAAUAUA